AUGUCUUCAUCGUUUAGUCGGCUACCCUCCACGGCGAAAGUCACCCCAGCGCCGUUCAAGGUAUCCUUCUCGGAUAAUGAAUUGGAGGAUCUAAAGACGCUGGUCAGACUCUCGCGGACGGCACCUCGGACAUACGAGAACUCGCAGCCGGACCGUCGCUAUGGGAUUACAUCGGACUGGCUGAAUGGCCUGAAAAAGCAAUGGACAAAGGACUUUGACUGGAAAGCAACCGAGGCCCGUAUCAACGAGUUUCCGCAGUUCACUACUACCAUUGAGGGAAUGACUAUUCAUUUCGCGGCCCUGUUCUCGGAACGAGAGGACGCUGUGCCCCUUCUUCUGCUUCAUGGAUGGCCAGGGAGCUUCCAGGAGUUCCUGCCUCUUCUGAAGCUGUUCCGAGAGGAAUUUACGCCGGCUAAUCUGCCUUACCACCUCAUUGUUCCCUCCCUUCCGGGAUACACCUUGUCUUCUGGUCCUCCGGUAGACAAGAACUUUGACACCAAGGACAUUGCUCGGGUCGUAGAUCAAUUGAUGAAGGAUCUUGGGUUUGAGGGCGGCUAUGUAGCUCAGGGAGGGGACAUUGGAAGUAGAAUUGGGAGAGUGCUGGGUGUGGAUUAUGAUAGCUGCAAAGCGGUUCAUUUGAACGCCUGCUUCAUGCAACGCCCUGAGGGCUUCUCGGAUGAGACUCUCAACGAGUUCGAGCAGCGCGGAUUGAAGAGGGCAGGAGACUUUAUGACAACCGGUACUGCCUAUGCUUAUGAGCAUGGUACCAGAACCAGUACUAUUGGUCAUGUUCUGUCGUCAAAUCCUAUUGCCCUGCUUGCGUGGGUUGGAGAGAAGUACCUGGACUGGGUUGACGACCCUCUUCCAUCCAACACCAUUCUCGAAUUUGCUUCGCUCUACUGGCUGACAGAGACGUUCCCGCGCGCAAUAUACCCUUAUCGCGAGAACUUCCCUCCUAAGGGUACCCCUGCUGGAAAUGACCCCCGUUGGUAUAUCUCCAAGCCAUUUGGCUUCUCGUACUUCCCCAAUGAAGUGCUUCCCGUUCCGCGCUCUUGGGUUGAAACUUCAGGAAACCUAGUAUUCUGGCGGGAGCACCAAAAGGGCGGACACUUUGCUGCCCUAGAGAGGCCAGAGCAGAUCAAGGCGGAUUUGGUGGAUUUUGUCAAGCAGAUCUGGAAAUGA